ACUGAAACACUUGAACCUCGAUCAUUCACGUCCUUCGUCUUUAUAAAACUGGAGAGGUGAUGAAUGUUUCCCAGGUUUCAUAUUUCACUCUGAGCGCCUACUUUGACAUCGGCCCGUUUAAGUACGGCGUCUUCCUGGUUAUCAUGUGUGUUUAUAUGUUCAUUAUCGGCUCCAACGUCCUGCUGAUCGUGGUGAUCUGUGUGAACCGGAGCUUACAUGAACCCAUGUUCCUGUUCCUCUGCAGCCUGUUUGUGAACGAACUGUUCGGCAGCUCAUCACUGUUUCCCUUCCUGCUGGUCCAGAUCCUCUCUGACGUUCACUCCGUUUCUGCUCCGUUCUGCUUCCUGCAGAUCUUCUGUCUCUACAUGUACGUAAACGUUGAGUUUUAUAACUUAGCCGUCAUGUCUUAUGACCGAUAUCUGGCCGUCUGCCACCCUCUGCACUACAACACACGGAUGUCCUUCAGCAUGGUCGUUAAGCUGGUGGUGCUGUCAUGGUGUCUCCCAUUUGUUGCCAUUGUUGUCAUGAUUUCGCUGAAUGUCUCCUCUACGCUGUGUGGGAACGUCAUCGACAGAGUUUUCUGCAACAAUUAUUAUGUUGCGUCGUUGUCCUGCAGCGGAGCGACGGCCAGUAACGUCUACGGACUGGUCUACACCUUCUCUGUGCUCCUCAGCCUCGCCGCGCUCAUCCUCUACACCUACAUGAAGAUCCUGAAAGUUUGUUUUUCUGGAUCCAAACAGACGCGGCAGAAAGCGAUCAGCACCUGCACGCCUCACCUGGCCUCGCUCAUUAACUUCUCCUUCGGCUCGUUCUUCGCGGUGCUGCAGAGCAGGUUUGACAUGAGCAGAGUUCCCAACGUGAUUCGUAUUAUUUUAUCUUUAUACUUCGUCACCUGCCAGCCUCUUCUGAACCCGCUGCUGUACGGACUCAAACUGAAUAAGAUCCAGAUCACCUGCAGAACUCUUUUCUUUGGUCAAAAGUAA